AUGUCAGACCUCGACGGCCAAGAAGACUCGCUGCUCGGCGGCCCCCGCAAGCAGCGCUGCAAAUGGCAGGGCUGGAUGCAGAUCGGGCUGGGUGUUUGGGCCGCUGUGGCCACCGUUGGUAUUGUCGUCAUUGCGGUGAUGUGGGUUCACGCAGACACUGCACCGGGCAGUGGGCUCGACAAGUUUCCGCCCUCGGGGAAGAAAAACAUUGUGUUUAUGGUCUCCGAUGGUAUGGGACCGACGUCACUCGCCCUCACGCGCGAGUACCGCCAGCUCACAGACGGGCUCUCAUGGGACAACACCCUUACGCUCGAUAAGCACCUUAUCGGGACCAGCAGGACCCGCUCUACAAACAGCUUGGUGACCGACUCGGCCGCCGGAGCGACCGCAUUCUCGUGCGGUAUCAAGAGUUACAAUGGUGCGAUCUCUGUGCUACCAGAUGGAUCGCCCUGCGGAACUGUUUUAGAGGCUGCAAAGAAGGCGGGUUACAUGACUGGGUUGGUGGUCACCACUAGGCUUACUGAUGCUACGCCUGCUUGUUUCUCUGCCCAUGUCAACAUGCGUAUGGAGGAGGACCGUAUUGCGGAGCAACAGCUCGGCGACUAUCCUCUUGGACGCGUUGUGGAUCUGAUGAUGGGUGGUGGUGCUUGCCACUUCCUCCCCAACAGCACCGAAGGUUCCUGCCGUAAGGAUGACCGGGAUCUUGUCACGGAGGCCCAGGAGAAAUUCGGCUUCCAGUAUGUGUCUGGCCGUAAGGGUUUCGACUCCCUUGAGAAGGGUAAGAAGGUUAAGCUUCCGCUUCUCGGACUGUUUGCGUCAACCGACAUUCCCUUCGAGAUUGACCGUAAGGACGAGGAGUACCCCAGUCUCGACGAGAUGACGGAGGUUGCAUUGAGGGUGAUGGAGGAGGCCACCAAGCACAGCGACAAGGGUUUCUUCCUCAUGGUUGAGGGCAGCAGAAUUGAUCAUGCCGGCCAUGGUAACGAUCCGGCUGCACAGGUGCGAGAGGUGCUUGGUUACGACAAGGCCUUCAACAGGGUUCUCAAGUUUGUUGAAAACGCAAAGAACCCCAGUGUCCUCGUCGCUACCAGUGACCACGAGACCGGUGGUCUGGCACUCGCUAGACAGCUCCACGCCAGCUACCCCGAGUAUCUCUGGUACCCUGAGGUCCUUGCCAAUGCCUCAUCCUCCUCCGAGUACCUCGCCGCCAAAUACGCCGGUUACAGCGGAUCCAGCUCUUCGGAAGACGAGUUCGUCAAGAAGAUCAUCCUCGAGGAAGGUCUCGGCGUCCACGACGCCUCCGAGGACGAGAUCGAGGCGCUCAAGGCCGCCAAGUCCGGUGCCGCCUGGGUUCUCGCAGACAUCAUCUCCCGGCGCGCGCAGGUCGGCUGGAGCACCCACGGACACUCUGGCGUCGACGUGAACAUCUACGGAAGCAAGGGGUCCGAGAGACUGCACGGGAACCACGAGAACACGGAUGUUGGAAACUUCAUCAAGGACUUUCUCGAGAUUGAUGUUGACGCCGUGACGGAGGAGCUCAAGGAGAAAGGGGUCGACAGGGCCGUCACCAUGGAGGAGGUGGAGGAAGGUGGAAUGCUGGUGAGCCAGGUAAGGGAGUACCCGUGGAUGGGCAGGAGCUUGCAUGAGCUCGCAAAGGACGGGUUUGAGACUGCAGGGGUCGAUUGCUAUCAUGGGGACUAUAAGCACAAACACUAG